CGUCCCUAGGGAGUGGAUUAUGUUCUAUAUAAAUCAGUGGAAUAUAGCUGUUUUAGUCUCAGAAACUACGUUUCCCAUUUUGAACUAGGAGCACUUAAUUUUCAAACAACAAACUUUCACCAGUUCAUCAAUUUUCUUCCCAGUCUUGCUAAAUUAACAGUGUCUUAAUUUGGCAGGUUUGGAAAACAAGCACAUGUUUUAAUCCAAUUAUAGCAGCUCCUGCUUAUGAGUUCAUUUUUGUUUUGUUAAUAUAUUACUAAGCACCACUGGUUAGGUUUGAUUUCAAACCUAUUUAGUAUUUCCUAAAAUUUAGAACUUGCAUUUAUCAGUUGGUCUAAUAAAAUGAUUUUUCUUACUUGGCUCUUGGUGUAAAGAGCCAACACUUGCCUCCAAGACUUUUGUGGCAACCUGGGCCUGCAAUGGCCAGUAACACGUAUUUUUCAGAAAAUCUUUAACUGGAAAAUUUUCUGUUUGUAUCAGAAAACUGUCUGAUGUCUCAGCACAGGAGUGCGGUUGGAACUCAAACUCCCAGGAAUGAUAGGAGCUGUGCUCCACAUCUGGAGGGCCACGCGAUAGCCACCAAGAGAGGGAUCGAAUUCAACACAUUUAUUUUACUUGCAUUUAGAAAACAACGCAAAACUUUGGAAUUGACCAGCUUGCCAGAUAUUGUACUGCAUUCAGUUUCUCCUCUCUAGUAACCAGGCUGCAGAUGAUUUGUCACCAAUUUGCAAAACCGUCUCCCUCGGGAGGUGGCGGACUCUCCUUCCUUGGAGAUAUUUAGGAAGAAGUUGGGUGAGUGCCAUCGGGCAUGGAUGCUUCAGCUGAGAUUUUUCUGCAUGGCAGGGGGAUUGGAUUAGAUGACCUCGGCAGGGCCAGAUUCAGGUUUGAUGAGGCCCUAAGCUACUGAAGCAGGUGCAGAUAGUGUGAAGCCACUGGAUGGCGUGAGAAUUCUUGAUCUAACAAGAGUACUUGCGGGACCUUUUGCCACCAUGAAUCUGGGAGACCUUGGAGCUGAAGUUAUUAAAGUGGAAAAGCCAGGAGCAGGAGAUGAUACAAGAUCCUGGGGACCCCCCUUCCUUGGGAUGGAAAGUGUUUACUUUCUCAGUGUAAACAGAAAUAAAAAGAGCAUAGCUGUUAAUAUGAAGAAUCCUAAGGGAGCGAAGAUAAUUAAAGAGCUUGCAGCUGUUUGUGAUGUUUUUGUGGAGAAUUAUGUCCCUGGGAAACUGGCUGAAAUGGGCCUGGGGUAUGAAGACAUUAACAAGAUUGCACCUCACAUUGUUUACUGUUCAAUAACAGGCUAUGGCCAAACUGGUCCGAAGUUUCAACGAGCAGGCUAUGACUCUGUCGCAGCUGCAGUUUCAGGCCUCUUGCAUAUCACAGGUCCCCAGGAAGGUGAGCCAGUUAGGCCAGGAGUAGCCAUGACUGAUCUUGCCACAGGAUUGUAUGCAUAUGGUGCAAUUAUGGCUGGACUUCUUCAGCGAUAUAAAACAGGGAAGGGAAUGCACAUAGACUGCAAUUUGCUAUCAUCUCAGGUCGCCUGUCUUACCUAUGUAGCAAGCACUUACCUAAAUUGCAAGACAGAAUCCAAACGCUGGGGCACUGCCCAUGCAAGUAUUGUUCCUUACCAGGCUUUCAAAACAAAGGAUGGCUACAUUGUGGUGGGAGCAGGAAAUGAUCAACAGUUUGCCACUGUCUGCAAGAUCCUGAAUCUGCCUGAAAUCAGCCAAGAUUCCAGAUACAAAAAUAACCAGCAGCGAGUGCUGAAUAGGAAGGAACUUACGGAAAUUUUAACAGCCAGGUUUUUGGAAAAAGAGACCACCAAAUGGCUAGAACUCUUUGAAGGUAGUGGUGUUCCAUAUGGUCCAAUCAAUAGCAUGCAGCAAGUGUUCUCGGAUCCUCAGGUUCUGCACAAUGGGCUUGUCAUGGAGAUGGAUCAUCCAUCAGUAGGGAAGAUAGCUGUUCCAGGACCAGCCGUAAGGUACAGCCAGUUUGAAGUGUCUGAGCCCAAACCACCUCCUCUCGUUGGUCAGCACACAUUGGAUGUUCUGAAGGAUACUCUGGGGUACAAGGAUGAUGCCCUAGAGGAACUGCUCAGCUCUGGAGCAAUAGUUCAGCAUGAACGCAUGUGAAUGGCUUUGGCUUUGGUUGUUGACGGAGAAGAAACUUCCUGGAAUUCUACCAGGAUCUCUUUAGUUUUCACAACCCAUGAUGGAGAUGUGAUUAAGUUCUUUGUAUUUUUUAAAUAUAAUCUGAAACACACCCUGCAUUCAAGUAUCAAGCUGCAAAGUUUUAAAAUAAUCGAUUUUUCCUGCCUUUCAUGCAGGCCGGGGACAGGUAGAGGUGCUGGUAACUAUGAAAUUCAGCAUUUGGUAUAUUGCUGAUAGACCAAAAUAAAACCCACCAUGCAAUCCCACUGCCACAUGUUCAGCAGUGCCUCUCUCUGGAAACACAUGGAUGAAUUUCAGAAGAUCUGAGUUCCAUGCCAAAAGCUACUAAUUGCAUGGGUAAAGCCAGUAGAAUCUAGGCCGUAAUUAACAGCACGUGAUACUCGAAAGCAAAACCACUUUCUGUAUACAAAGCAAUAUGGCAUUUCUUUAAGCACGGGGGGGGGGGGAAUGAUUGGUCAAUCUUGCAGGCAUAUAAUUUAGAUCAAAAGUAGAAUUCUGAACAAGAAGAUUCCAAAACUUUUACUUCUGCUAAAGUAAGGCACUGCCUUCCUUCCCUGAAACUAAAUAAAGCUAACCGAAACUGACACUCAACAAAUAAUGACCAUAUUUCACUCAAAGGAUCGGAAACAGGCCUCCUGUUAUAAGUGGCCUGUCACUUGGUUUCCAGUUUAACAAACAACAUCCUCUGUGUUAAAUCUGAACUUCACAACUAUAUCUUGCUUUCCGGGGGGGAUGGGGGAGAGAAAGAAAGAAAAUUAUUACAUAAUUAAGUUUAAAAAUGGAUUUGCAAUCGCCUUUGAAGUUGUGUGGCACGGCCUUCCUUUGUUGGCUUAUUUUGUAAAUCUUUGUGUUGUCUCAUUUUCAGAUUUCCUUCUAAUCUUUUUUCCUCCUUGUACGUGUGCGUGUGAAAUUACAGUCUCAGUACCAGAGUCAA